AUGAUAAACCAACAGCACCAAGUUUCAACGUUCUCAGAACUUGGGCUAUCAGAACCUUUAUUGAAAACAUUAGAACAAUUGAAUUUCACGAAACCAACGCCGAUCCAAAUCGAAUGCAUUCCUCCAGGAAUUGAAGGCCGAGAUAUUAUUGGGAUUGCCCCGACUGGUUCAGGAAAAACAGCUGCCUUUGUACUCCCAGUUUUAAACCAUCUAUGGGACAAUCCUCAAGGCAUGUUUGCCUGUGUGCUGGCUCCCACGAGGGAGCUGGCAUAUCAGAUUGCAUCUCAAAUCGACGCACUUGGGUCAGCGAUGGGAGCUCGGACUGCUGUGAUAGUGGGGGGAGACGAGGACAGGGUAAAACAAGCGGUCAUGCUGGCCAGAAAGCCACAUAUUGUAGUUGCUACUCCAGGUCGGUUACUUGACCAUUUGAAGGUCACGAAAGGAUUCAAUCUAAGAAACAUAAAAUUUCUGAUUCUUGAUGAAGCUGACCGACUUUUGGAUUCUGAUUUUGGUGUCUCGGUAGACGAAAUAUUAAAGGUCAUUCCAACGGACCGUACCACCUAUCUAUUUUCCGCCACGCUCACAGACAAGGUGGCAAAAUUACAACGAGCGAACCUUCGAAAUCCUGUUAAAGUGCAAGUCUCUACAAAAUAUGAAACAGUUGACUCCCUCCUGCAAUACUACCUUCUUUGCCCAUUGGUCAAGAAGGAGGCGACAUUGGUGUCUUUGCUCAACUCUAUGGCUCAAAAUUCCAUCAUCAUUUUUGUUCGAACCAAGGAACACUGUCAAAGACUUGCGGUAAUAUCACGCAUUCUUGGCUUCCGUUCCGUACCUCUGCAUGGCGAUAUGUCCCAAAGUCAACGGUUGGGUGCGCUCAAUCAAUUCAAAAGCGAAGGUUCUAAUAUCCUCAUAGCGACCGACAUAGCCAGUCGCGGUCUUGACAUUCCUUCAGUCGAUGUUGUAAUUAACUAUGACUGCCCAACUCAUUCCAAGGAUUACAUCCAUCGUGUAGGACGUACUGCUCGUGCAGGUCGUUCUGGGAAGUCGAUAUUAAUGGCUUCGCAGUACGAUAUUGAGUUUGUCCAGCGCUUGGAGAAAGUUCUCGAUAAGAAGUUGGACUUGUACCCUCACGAUCCUGAGGAAGCUCAUCUUCUUCGAGAACGAGUGGAUGAGGCGGGGCGAGUUGCUGCGAAUCAGCUCAGGGAAGAUAAGAGAACCAAGGGCGAUGCUCGCAAGAGGCGAAAGCCGUUGUCAAGUGGUGAUAGAGAUGGAGAGGAGGACCUUGACGAAGUGAAUAGGUUCGCCAUGAAGAAGAAGAAACGAAAAGUAUAA